UAAAAAGCACCUCCACUUUCCACUCCAUUUGACAAAGACUGUGGAGAGAGAGAAAGAGUACACGGUGAGUUCAGACUCAGAGAUCGGCGACAAUGGCUUCUUCAACCGAACGUGACAACUUCAUCUAUGUCGCCAAGCUUGCUGAGCAAGCCGAACGUUACGACGAAAUGGUGGAUGCUAUGAAGAAGGUAGCAAAGUUGGAUGUGGAACUGACUGUUGAAGAGAGAAACUUGCUUUCAGUUGGGUACAAGAAUGUGGUUGGUUCUCGUAGGGCGUCAUGGAGAAUAUUGUCCUCAAUCGAGCAGAAAGAGGAAUCAAGAGGCAAUGAAGUGAGCGUAAAUCGGAUCAAGGAAUACAGGCAGAAGGUUGAAAAAGAAUUGACCGACAUUUGUAAUGAUAUCAUGGUUGUGAUUGAUGAACAUCUGAUUCCAUCUUCAUCGGCUGGAGAAUCUACUGUUUUCUACUACAAAAUGAAAGGAGAUUAUUAUAGGUAUCUUGCAGAGUUCAAGACUGGCGAUGAUAAGAAAGAGGCAGCUGAUCAGUCUCUGAAGGCUUAUCAAUUGGCUUCCACCUCAGCGGAAGCUGAAUUAUCCUCUACUCACCCGAUCAGGUUGGGUUUGGCUUUGAACUUCUCUGUGUUCUAUUAUGAGAUCAUGAACUCUCCUGAAAGGGCUUGUCACCUUGCAAAACAAGCUUUUGAUGAAGCUAUCUCAGAGCUUGAUUCCUUGAGCGAGGAAUCGUACAAAGAUAGCACUUUAAUUAUGCAGCUCUUGAGGGACAACCUCACUUUGUGGACUUCCGACAUUCCAGAGGAUGGAGAUGAAAAGAUGGAGAUCACCAAAUCUGGUGCGGAAGAGUAAGAUUGUAUGACGACAGCGGCCUAGCUCUGGGUAAGAAAUGAUGAUGUAUGUUAUUUGUAAGCUUGAUUUCUAAAGCAGUGAUUGAGAAGAAUGAUUUUAGUGUAUUUGUUUGAACGUUUUAGGUCACUUAUUCAUUCCGAUAUCUAUCGAUUAAGAUUGCCUUUUCUUUUCUUUU